GAUUGAGUGCCGGCCUGCAGAGGGGAGCGCUCAGACUGCUCUCGGUGUUCUUCCCGCUGUCCCUUCACAGCGGGCUCCCGGGGGGGGGCGGAGAUACUGUCCCGGGAGCGAAUGGGCGGAGGGCUGGGCGGACCCGGGCCGGCAAGACAAGUUCAUUUAAAGGAGCUUUUGGCAGAACAGUGUGAGCUGAGAGGGCAGGGGAAGGGGUUCACAGUCUCUUCAAUAUAGGAUUCAAAAAGGUGUGAUCUAUUCGAGUUGACUAGUAACCAGCGCGGAUAAUAAUAAGAGACAAUAUGCCGCAAAACGUGGUUUUGGCAGGACCAGGGCCGUGGGGUUUUCGACUGACCGGUGGGGCGGAUUUUAACCAGUCUCUGACCGUCUCCCGGGUAACACCUGGAAGCAAGGCAUCACUAGCUAAUCUCUCCCCUGGUGAUGUUAUCCUAGCCAUUGAUGGAAUAAGUACUGAUGCUAUGACACAUGUUGAUGCUCAGAAUAGGAUCAAGGCUGCUACCAGUCAAUUAAGCCUCAAGAUCAACCGGCCUGAAACUAAGCUUUGGUCUCCUCAAGUCACUGAAGAUGGCAAGGCAAAUCCCUUCAAGAUUAAUUUAGAGGCAGAACCACAGGAAUUCAAAUCUAUUGGAGAGUCCCAUAACAGAAAGGCCCAGCCAUUUCUUGCUGCAGGAAACAUUGAUGACAAAAGACAGGUAGUGAGUGCCACCUAUAACACUCCAAUUGGCCUAUAUUCUGCUGACAACAUACAAGAUGCCAUCCAGGGACAACUGCAUGGCGUGGCCAUUGACCCACAGGAGAAAGUUGAACCAGCACCAGGAGUUGAAAACUCGGCAGUCUACAAGAUGCUACACAGCAACCAGGAGGAAAAGAGUGAGCCGAGGCAAUCUGGGUCCUUCCGUGCAAUCCAGGAUUACCUGGAAGCAGAUGAAAGUGGUACCCGGCCCGUGGUGACUCGAAGUGUGAGGGCUCCAGUGACAAAAGUCGGUGCUUCCACAGGAAGUGUUCAGAAGCUGCCACUCUGUGACAAGUGUGGAAAUGGAAUAGUUGGCACUGUGGUGAAGGCCCGGGACAAGUAUCGACACCCAGAAUGCUUUGUUUGUUCCGACUGUGGCAUGAACCUCAAGCAGAAAGGUUACUUUUUCAUAGAGGGACAACUGUACUGUGAAGCCCACGCAAGAGCAAGAACAAAGCCACCAGAGGGAUGUGAUGCUGUCCCCGUUUAUCAGAAUAUGAAGGCUUAACUUUCCUGUGGAGAUUUGAAAGAAAAUAACAGAUCGGAUCCAUUUAUAUGAGAAGCCUGCCUUGUCACUGUUAUGCUGCAUCUCAAAAUCUGGUUAAUCUUUAAAAGUACAAGCAGUUUCCCAUUGCAAGAUAUAUUUAGAGAAACGCACUUGUUCAGUUAUCCAUGUUAGCAGACUGCUACGUGUAAACCUUGCAGAAAGCCACAUAACUCUAUGCACUGGCACAAUGAUGCAACUAAUUAUUUAAACAGUGUAGUUUAUAUAAUCAUGUUUGUAAGAGCAGUAAAAUCAAUGCAUUGUUAAAACACAUUGUACUAUGACUGCUAAUGUAAGAUCCCGAGUAACCAGGCCUCUAGCUAUUUGAAAUAUAUAUUAAACUAAUGUUGUGGCAGACAUGCAUCACAUUUUAAUGAUAAUUAUGAAACCUUGGGUCGUAUUUUUACUGGCUUGGUCCACAGGAAAUGAUUCAAUCAGAGAGGUGUGGUGAACCUACUAUCUGGGAUUAUCUCAAAGGCUCUGGAGCUCUGAUAUCACUGAUCAGUUCCCCCACCUGGAAGCAUUUGUGUUCAGUCGCCCUGUUUUUGGUUAUGUCAGUCUGUUCACUAUUGAUGUUCUCUGUGCGUGUUUAGUUAUAUCUGGGCAUGUACUCGAAGCAAAAGCAAUAUAGAAAGUAGGCACAGGAGUAGGCCAUUCAGCCCUUCAAGCCUGCACCACCAUUCAAUAUAACCAUGGCUGAUCAUGCUAUUUCAGUAUCCCACUCCCACUUUCUCUCCAUACCCUUUGAUCCCUUUAGCUGCAAAGGCCCUCUUGAAUUUAUCUAACAAACUGACCCCAAUAGCUUUCUAGUAGAGAAUUCCACAGAAGGUCACUACUCUCUGAGUGAAGAAAUUCUUCCUCAUCUCAGUCCUGACUGACUUAUCCCUUAUUCUUAGACAAUGACCCCUCAUUCUGGAUUUCCCCAACAUCAUGAACAUUCUUCCCACAGCCAAGCUGUCUGGUCCAUCAGGAUGUUAUAUGUUCCUAUGAGAUCCCUGUAAACAAUCUGUAGUAAGAGCUGAAAGCUGGAAUGAGAAAUAUGUCUUCCAUGUUUUAAAGUCACUGUGAAUAAAACC